AAUGGUCUUAGAGCUAUUGAAAAUUUGAUGGAGAAGAAGGGGAAAUUUGAUUAUAUCCUGUUAGAGACCACUGGAUUAGCAGAUCCCGGUGCUGUGGCUUCUAUGUUUUGGGUUGAUGCUGAAUUAGGGAUGGAUAUUUAUCUUGAUGGUAUCAUAACAGUAGUGGAUUCAAAAUAUGGAUUAAAACAUUUAACAGAAGAAAAACCUGAUGGCCUUAUCAAUGAAGCUACUAGGCAAGUUGCUUUGGCAGAUAUCAUCAUCAUCAAUAAGACAGACUUGGUUCCAGAAGAAGAUUUAAACAAAUUAAGAGCAAACAUUAGAUCAAUAAAUGGACUGGGAAAAAUUUUAGAAACACAAAGAUCAAGAGUUGAUCUCUCCAAUGUAUUAGAUCUUCACGCCUUUGACAGUCUUUCUGGAGUAAGUUUACAGAAGAAACUUCAACAAGUACCAACAACACAACCUCACAUUGAUCAGAGUAUUGUUACAGUUACAUUUGAAGUACCAGGAAAUGCAAAGGAAGAAAGUCUAAAUGUAUUUAUUCAGAAUCUUCUGUGGGAAAAGAGUGUGAGAAACAAGGAUGAUGACUGCAUGGAGGUCAUACGACUAAAGGGACUGGUGUCAAUCAAAGACAAAGCACAGCAAGUAAUUAUCCAAGGUGUCCAUGAGCUGUAUGAUCUGGAGGAGACUCCAGUGAGCUGGAAAGAUGACACUGAAAGAACGAAUCGAUUGGUUCUUAUUGGUAGGCAUUUAGAUAAGGAUAUCCUUAAGCAACUAUUUUUAGCUACUGUGACAGAAAAAGAAAAGCAAUGGACAGCAGAUUUCAAAGAAGAUCAAGUUUGUCUAUAAUACUUGAAGUAUUAUCAAAAGAAUUGGAUGAUAAAAUUGGUGUAUUUCAAUCAUCUCUUUCCAUUAUUGGAUGAUAAAAUUGGUGUAUUUCAAUCAUCUCUUUCCAUUAUUUCUGUUAUGAAUUCGAUUAUACUUUUAAAUAUUUAUUUUUUAGAAUACAAAAUAGUAAAUCACUGUUGUAAAACAUUUGACAUCACAUAAUAAAAUACAUCCUCUGAAGUAUAUAUGUAUGUAUGUAGCUUUCAUAGACAUUUCUUCACAAAGAAUCAGCUUUGGAGCUUCAUGUACUGAAUUGUUCACCCUUGAAGUUAUUUGAGAUAAUGUUAAAAACUUAUAUUAACAUUAUCGUUUUUCCUUAAAACCUCAGUUGAGUGCAUAGCUUUUGUUAGUAACAAAACGUUUUAGAACUCUGUCAUCACAAAUAAAAGGUUUGUUGUGGCUACAGACUUAUUAGUGGAAUAGGAAUCAAAGAAAUUAAUAAGAACCAUUUCUUAUUAUGAAUCAAUUCUAAGCUUACUGGUAGUCAGUGUAAUGAAAUUUCAGGCAUUCACUUUGCAAUAUAUUUAGAAGAUUCCAGUUAGAACUUCAAACUAGAUUUUACUACUGGUAUUAAAUUCAUCUUGGGUUUUUUUUCUUUUUGGACUUCUCUGAUUUUCAGAAUGAGCUAAAAAUUGGAAAGAAAGUAUAAAACUUUAUAUUUGCAGGUAAUUUUGGAUAAUUUAACAGUCUUCAUCUAAAUGUACAAUAGCUUUUCUUCAGGCCAGCCUAACUAUUUAAGUUGUAAGAGAAAAGUAUUAAGUGUCAUUUAGGGAACUUUCCCAAGCUGGUGAUGGUCAAAUAUCAGAGAAAGCUAUCAAAACAUCUUUUUGACUUUUCUAGAAUUUUUAAAUUUAAAAUAUUACACCUGUGAACAUUUAAUGUUUCCAGUGGUUGGAGGCAGACUAAUUGAUUAGAUUAACUGUCUUCCUUGUAUUCUGUAUCUUUUUAAUGUAAAUUCUUUCACUUAUCCUUUUGCCCUUUGAAUCCAUUCUCUUAAAGUUGAGAGAAUAUUUAUUUCUUAUUUCAUUGGUAGCAAGUUGCCCAAAGAAAUUCCAGCUGGUUUUUUCAGUCAAAUCUAGGCUUUCAUUCCAGUCUUACUGUUUCAUGGGUGUAUAAUUUUGGGCAAAGUAUUUUCUAUAUUACUUUACCAAUUAUCAACUGAACAGUGAUAAUACUAGUCUUAAAGGUUCUUUUAAGGACUAAAUAGUUUAUGAGGCACCCAGCUCAGCUUCAAACAACCAGUAGAGCCUAGAUAAAUGUUUUCUUUUUUUAUUUUUUAACAAUUUGUUUUAUAAAAAAUGUGGUAGCAUUAAUACUUAGUAAUGGUUUUUGCCAGUUAAGUGUUUCAACUCAUCUGUUCUACAUCAUGAAAAAAGUACUUAUCCUGUUGUGAGAGAAAUGUUUAAAGGUGUAUUAAUCUAUAUUCUUUAAGAUCUGUGUUUAUAAAAUUUAGUUUUAUAAACUUUUUCCUUUAAAAUGUUUUAAAUUAUUCUUAAAUGUUUUUCAUUAGAUAAAAUUGUAUUUGUGUUGUGAAAGUACAACCAUUAGAGAUGAAGUGAGUCUCCAUUUUCUCUUUUAAUCAUUGUCUCUUCAUAGAGAUAAGCGGUGUUGUCAGUUUAAUGUGUAUGCUUUUAGAUAUUUCUUGUCAUGUACACACAUAUUAUGGUUAACAUUAUUUCCUUGAGUGGAUUUUUCCCCCACUAUUAGGGUCAUAGUUUCAACUGUUUCUUUAGGAAAUUUAUGAAUUCACCAUGAAUAUACUCAAAGAAAGGUUUUAUUUUUGUAAUAUAUGUGUUUUAA